GAAGAAGCUUUUUGGAUGAGAAGCGAAACGUCUUCAAGGAAAAAAACAAGGUCCGGUUGCCUUUUGAAGGGGGGGAGAAAAAGCACCUUUGGGAUAACCGUGUCCCAAAGCGCUGGGAAACAGGCUGUGCCGCAACCAGGCCGGGAGGGAACCGGCGGAGCAGCGAGCACGGCUUCCCGGGACAGCCACGACCGAGCCCUCUGCGGGAAAGCGCCACGCCGGCCGGACUACCAGUUCCGGCAGCCUCGGCGCCCUCGGCCCCGCCUCCUCCGGCCGCACUUCCGGCGGGGCGGGGCGGGGCGGCAGCGGCUGGCUGGCCUCUCUCUCGCGCUCCUCAUGUCGGCCUCGGCCAUCCCGGCCAGUUCGGGGGAGCUGCUACGGGGCGAGCGCGGCCCCUUCCCGCCGGUCCCGGACCGAGCGGGCGGCGAGGCGGCCGAUGCGCUGGCCGAGGAGCUGGAGGGGGUGGACGGAGAGGCGCAGCCGUGGAGCCUGCAGGAGAAGGCGCUGCACGAAGCCCGGCUGAAGGCCAAGGGGAAGCGGCGGCUGCGGCGGACCUCCUCCCGCGAUUCUCCUCGGGAAGGCCUCCCCGAAAAGGGGGAGCCGGAGCCGGAGCCCAGCAGCCCGAAGGGCAAGAACCACGACCGCAAGUCCCGCAUGGGGAAGGGCCGCGGCCUGCCCAAGAAAGGCGGGGCAGGGGGCAAAGGCGUCUGGGGAGCGCCUGGGCUUGUCUACAGCUACCAGGAGCCGGAUGCCCGGGACCCCAACUACGACGAGGCUGCACAGGGAAAGACGGUCUAUGCCACGGUGGUGCCUGAGCUGGAGGAAGAGGAGCUGGAGAAGACUGUGCAGCCGAUGGUCCUGGAAUAUUUUGAGCACGGAGACACCCUGGAAGUGGUGGAGCUGCUUCGGAAUCUGAACUUGGGGGGACACAAGGCAGCCGUGUCCUCGCUGGCUGUGGUGCUCUCUCUAGAGGGGAAGGCCAGCCAUCGUGAGCUGACUUCCCGCCUGCUCUCAGACUUGGUGGGGAAGGUGCUGAGUGCUGAGGACAUCGCGGCUGCUUUCGACGGAAUGCUGCACGACCUUCCCGACCUCAUUCUUGACACACCUGAGGCGCCGCAGAUGCUGGGUCAGUUCAUUGCCCGGGCUGUGGCCGACCACGCGCUCCCCCUCAACUUCCUCGAGCGCUACAAGGGCCGUGUGGACUGUGAACACGCACGGGCUGCCCUGGAUCGUGCUGCUGUCCUCCUGCGCAUCAAACGAGACGUCAAUCGGCUGGACAAUGUGUGGGGCGUGGGGGGCGGCCAGAGGCCAGUUAAGCAUCUGAUCAAGGAGAUGAACCUCCUGCUGCGUGAAUACCUGCUCUCUGGAGAGGUGUCUGAGGCUGAACGCUGCCUGCGCCAACUUGAGGUUCCCCACUUCCACCAUGAGCUUAUCUAUGAGGCUGUGGUGAUGGUGAUGGAGUCUUCGGGAGAUACGGCCGUUGCCAUGAUGGUGAAGCUGCUGAAAGUGCUGUGGCAGACGGGUCUGGUGACCCUGGAUCAGAUGAACCGGGGCUUCCAGCGGGUCUACAAUGAGCUUGGAGAUAUCAGUCUGGAUGUGCCGCUGGCCCACAGCAUUCUCGAGCGGAUGGUGGAUCUCUGCUUUGAGGAGGGUGUCAUCACCAGGCAGCUGAGAGAGACCUGCCCUGCCCGGGGCCGGAAACGCUUUGUCAGUGAAGGAGACGGCGGCCAAAUCAAGCAAUAACUGGAAGAUUUCAGCACCCCCGCUUGCCCCCGCCCCCAGCAAUGCCUUUAACCCAGCCAGACCUGCCAGUCAACAGAGGAGCCUAGAAACCUUUGCUGAGCACCCACUGUUCCCCUCCCUCCCUGAGCAGCAUGUCCAGUGGGUGGGAGGUCUUUGUGGGGAGUGAGCUAGGGACAUGCACUUCUGCCUGACCGAUGGUGGUGGGGGGCAUGGUUCCCUAGAAGCAGGAGAAAGAGGAAGGCUCAUUCUCCCACAGGGCAUAUCCACCUGUCCACUCCCACAGUGCGGCUGCCACCAGCAGUGCCUCUCAGGAAGCCUCAGGCCAGCUGGAACUGUCGCAGUGGUGGUGGUGGGGCUGUUUGGAUCUGCUGGGCAGCAGGGCUGAGAAGGCAGAGGAGGGGCACUUCCCUCGCAGCCUCUGGCUAGCACAAACCGGUUUGGUUCCUGCCUUGUGCAGGUAGUUCCAAGGCACUGUGGGAAGGACAGCUGACUCCCUGCAGCCAAAGAACCUCCUGUUCCCAGGACCCCUUAAAGCCCCCUUGCCAUCCACAGCGGGGGAAGGGGGGGCCUGGCUGGGUUGAGAACUGAGGAGAGAGCAGCUGAGCACCACAGGGCUGAUUCUGCCUGGGUUAAAGGGGAGCUGCUGCUGCUUGGCACUGCCCACAACUGGCAGAGAGGCUGAACAAAUGGACAUCAGUGUGGGAGGGAAUUGUGCCAAACUGCUUAAUGGUCUUGCAGGCAAAGGUUGUAGGGAUGGGUGAGUCUAAUGGGAAAUUAAAAUAAAUGGUUUACUCAAAAGGG